ACAAAUACGAAAAUCUGGUUGCUCUGUUUUGCGCUGGUAUCUCGCUUGUAUGGCCUCUCGCCUCAUCUCUCAGCGAUGAAGGAAAAUCGUUGAUGUCCAUUAAAGCUUCAUUUAGCAACAUAGCUAAUGUGCUUCUAGACUGGGAUGAGGUUCACAAUGAUGACUUCUGUUCAUGGAAGGGAGUAUCUUGUGGCAAUUUCAGCAUGUCCGUUGUUUCUCUGAAUCUGUCAAAUCUGAACUUGGGUGGAGAAAUCUCUCCGGCUAUUGGAGAUUUGAAAAGCCUUGAGUCUGUAGACCUUCAAGGAAACAAAUUAACUGGUCAAAUCCCCGACGAGAUUGGAAACUGUGUUUCUCUUGUAUUUUUGGACUUGUCUGAUAACAUGCUCGAAGGAGACAUACCAUUUUCAAUCUCUAAGCUUAAGCAACUCGAGCUAUUGAAUUUGAAGGACAACCAGCUAACUGGUCCGAUUCCUUCAACACUGACACAAAUUCCUAACCUAAAAACACUUGAUCUUGCCCGAAACCAGCUUGUGGGAGAGAUUCCGAGAUUGAUUUACUGGAAUGAAGUACUUCAAUAUCUAGGAUUGCGAGGAAACAUGUUAACAGGAACAUUGUCCCCUGAUAUGUGCCAAUUGACUGGCCUUUGGUACUUUGAUGUUAGGGGCAACAACCUGACUGGUACUAUACCUGAUAACAUUGGCAACUGCACCAGUUUUGAGAUUCUGGAUAUUUCUUACAAUCAGAUCACUGGAGAAAUACCGUACAAUAUUGGUUUUCUACAAGUUGCUACCCUGUCUUUACAAGGGAAUAUGUUAACUGGAAAGAUUCCCGAGGUUAUAGGUCUAAUGCAAGCCCUUGCUGUCCUGGAUUUAAGUGAAAAUGAGUUAGUGGGACCAAUUCCACCAAUUCUUGGAAACCUCUCUUACACCGGAAAGCUGUAUCUCCACGGAAACAAACUUACUGGUCCAAUACCACCCGAGCUGGGAAAUAUGUCAAAGCUAAGCUAUUUGCAAUUAAACGACAACCAUCUGACUGGAGGUAUUCCUGCUGAACUUGGGAAUUUAGACCAACUUUUUGAACUAAAUCUGGCUAACAACAAUCUAGAAGGUCCCAUUCCCGAGAACAUCAGCUCUUGCACGGCAUUAAAUCAAUUCAAUGUGCAUGGUAACCUUUUAAACGGAUCCAUUCCUUACGGCUUAAAACAUCUGGACAGCCUUACUUAUCUGAAUUUUUCCUCAAAUCAAUUCAGAGGCAACAUACCACUUGAGCUUGGGCACAUUAUAAAUCUUGAUACAUUGGAUCUUUCAAGUAACUACUUCUCUGGAUCUGUCCCUGCAUCUGUUGGUGACCUGGAGCAUCUUCUUACUCUGAAUCUAAGUCACAAUCAUCUUAGUGGAUCAAUUCCCUCUGAAUUUGGUAAUCUGAAGAGCAUACAAACAAUGGAUAUGUCUUUCAACAAGUUGUCUGGGAGCAUCCCUGAAGAGUUGGGGCAAGUGCAGAAUCUAGCCUCUCUCAUAUUAAAUAACAAUGCUUUGAGUGGAAAAAUUCCUGAGCAGCUAAGCAACUGCUUAAGCCUAGAGAAACUGAAUUUCUCUUAUAACAACUUUACUGGGUUGGUUCCUGUAGGCAGAAACUUCUCUCGGUUCUCACCCGACAGCUUCAUUGGCAAUCCGUUAUUAUGUGGCCACUGGUUGGGCUCAAUCUGUGAUCCAUACCCCCCAAAGCCGAAAGCUAUAUUUUCAAGGACCACAGUAGUUUGCAUCGCAUUAGGCUCCGUCACAUUGCUCUCAAUGAUAAUAGUUGCUAUAUACAAAUCCAACCAGCCAAAGCAGUUUCUCAAAGGCUCUAACAAGAGUACCAUGCAAGGUUCGACGAAGCUGGUUGUGCUUCACAUGGAUAUGGCCAUUCACACAUACGAAGAUAUAAUGAGGCUCACUGAGAAUAUGAGUGAGAAAUACAUAAUAGGAUACGGAGCUUCGAGCACAGUAUACAAAUGCGUGUUGAAAAAUUCCCGACCAAUAGCAAUUAAGCGACUCUACAAUAAUCAGUACCCUAACGACACCCGUCUGUUCGAAAACGAACUAGGCACAAUCGGAAGUAUACGGCAUAGAAACCUUGUCACCUUGCAUGGCUACUGCUUCUCUCCGCAAGGGAAUCUUCUCUUCUAUGAUUACAUGGAAAACGGAUCCCUUUGGGAUCUUCUUCAUGGGCCAUCGAAGAAGGUGAAACUGGACUGGGAAAUGCGUUUGAAAGUUGCGGUUGGAGCUGCACAAGGGCUUGCUUACCUUCACCAUGACUGCAAUCCGAGAAUCAUUCACCGAGACGUGAAAUCUUCAAAUAUUCUACUCGAUGGAAACUUCGAAGCCCAUCUUUCCGAUUUUGGAAUAGCAAAAUGUCUUCCCACUACAAAAACGCAUGCGUUUACUUAUGUUUUGGGGACAAUAGGCUACAUUGAUCCAGAGUACGCAAGAACAAUUAGGCUAACUGAAAAAUCAGAUGUUUACAGUUUCGGCAUUGUGCUACUCGAGCUAUUAACGGGAAAGAAAGCCAUUGACAACGACUUGAACUUACAUCAGCUGAUGCAGUCUAAAGCGGACGAUGAUACGUUAAUGGAUGCCGUGGAUCCAGAAGUUUCCAUUACGUGUACGGAUUUGUCUCAUGUAAGAAAAGCAUUCCAGCUGGCAUUGCUUUGCACGAAACAGCAUCCCACAGCGAGACCAACUAUGCACGAGGUUCGCAACGUUCUCGUCUCUUUGUUGCCUUCUCCACCAAAGAACACAACAUGCUCAACAAAUACGAAAAGUGUCGACUACGCACAGUUUGUGGUUGGUAAAGAACAACAGCCUCAUCACUUGCAAACCCCUCAGCAGCAGCAGCAGUUACAACAGGACAACAGUUCAUCAUCCGAUGCUCAAUGGUAUGUAAGAUUUGGUGAGGUUAUUUCCAACAACACUUUUUGAGUGGAUUAAGGUUAAUAUUAUGUCGUACGGGGUAUUUAAAGGAAGGGAUAAAUGUCAUCCCAGUUUUGUUUUGUUGUUUCCCUCGUAAGAGAAUUUACUACAAAACCAUAUAACUUUUGAGGGAGUUGGCAAGUAAUUAUAAAAUAGUUUAAUUUGUAAUAUAGUGUUAAGUAGGAUUAUCAAAACUCUGAUGCUGCAAUUACUAUUAUGUCCUUGGAUGGUGAUGUAACUACUAACACUAGUUAAAGAAAUUUGCAUGGAAGCAGUCCAUGAUUUGAUAAUUUAAUAUGUGAUCCACUUUUCAGA